AUGCCCAACGAACGCCUUAAGUGCAGAGGUUACAAGCCGAAAUUGCAGGGGUCGCGAUCUAUUGGCGAUGAUAAAUCACUUGGUAUUGAUGGGUAUAACUCGUUGUUCUUUAAAAAGGCAUGGCCCGUAGUCAAAAAUGACAUAGUUGCUGCCAUCACAAAUUUCUUCUCCAGUGGGAAACUUUAUCGAGCUAUCAAUUGCACAUCUGUCACGUUGAUCCCCAAAACACCAACGCCUGCUACAGUUAAGGAAUUUAGACCCAUUGCUUGCUGCACCAUUCUUUAUAAGAUUACCGGGAAAAUUCUUUCUACUAGAGUACGUGCCCGCUUAUGCGCACUUUUUUUAAUUCUCAUGAUGUUAAUGGUGGCUGCAAUUUUAUUUUGCAACCACCAACAAGCGGUGGUAGCUAGAGAAGUCGACGUGGUCGUGGUCGAUGACGGAAACGAGUUAAAAAACUCCCUAGUUGAUGCUCUAUGUCAAUAUUGGCCGUAUCUGUAUCCAUGGCCAAGACCAUGCCCUCCUCCGAGGCCACGACCGCAACCACGACCACGACCAUGUGCACCAUCACCACGACCACCGUGCUCGCCAUCACCUCCACCACCGCACUCACCACCGCCUCCACCACCGAGCCCACCUCCGCCCACGAGCUGCUCGGCUAGUGACAAAAAAGAGGUGAAGGAGUGCAUGUUCAGCGAAGAACCGAUUGAAGAAUGUUGUCCAACAUUCAAGAGCAUAAUCAGCACUAGUUGCCCUUGCUAUAAGUAUGCCUGGGAUUUGAACGAUCAAUGGGUGAAGGUUAUUGAUUCGUCAAGUGAAUUUGAUAGCCCUCGUAAGGACGUGCAGGUGAUUAAGCCAUCCAAGAAGGAGUAA